AUUAACGGGGCGAGUGUCCGCGGGCGAUCACGACGAUCGACGCCGCGGAAUCCGCGUUCCCGAUUUAGCGGUUCGGCGGACCGCGCCGCUGCCAGCGCUCCCGUGCCGUCCGCAAUCGCCGUUCGAACGGUGAUUGGGUGCGGAUCGGGUUUAAAAUUUCAAAAAUCGCCAACACACGAUUCAAGCGGGAUUCCGCUGUGAAUUCCGCGUGCGACGUUACCCCGUGGCCGAGCCCGACGGCGGAGUGCCUGUAUGUCGCGCCGAUCCGCAGCGUUGACCUGCGGCGACGGCCACCGCGAGUCCGACCACCCGCGCGGACUGUUUAUCAAACAUCCCCUCCUGAGUUUGGUUAUGUCGUUCCUGCUGUGCUGAUGAAGCACGGUCGAUAUUCCCUCGCGAAUUUGUCGUACCGCCAAUUCGACGCUCUCGGAAUUUUACCCUCAGACUGAAGGGAUGAUUAUAUACGUUUCCUCGUCGCCCGUAAUUGGAUUCUCGCUUUUAUAUUUUGUCGCGAAUACGUUGAUUAUUGUUAUGCAGUCUCAGCUUAGGUGAAUCUGCAGAAGCAUUACUUUCCAUAAAAAAUGGUGGAUAUCCAUCCAUUGAUGAAAUCAAAACUGAGAUUGAAGAUGAUACGAUGGAUAUGGAUGAGCAGCAUAAUUUGAAUCACUCGGAUCAGCAAAUGGAUACAGAGGAGUCAGAACCGAUACCAGAGCUAGGACCUGCAGCUUUAGGUCUGCAAAGGGUAGGCACUCAGCCACCUUCCAAACCCAAUCCACCUACACAACCGGUACAGGUAUUGAAUCGUAGAGGGAUGCCAGCGAGAAUUAGGAAAAAGAACAAGUUGUUCUAUGAUGACAUCUUGAUCAAUCAUCCACACCACAGAAUCAAGAAGGAUCCUUCGGCUGUUGACACGAAACAAUCCCCCAAAAAGAUGAUGCGACCGUCACCAGUAAAGAGACAGACCAAGAUAUCGACUACACCAAAAAGUACAAGUUCAUCUUCGCAAUCGCAACCAACAACUCCUAUAAUGACUCCAAUCAAGCAAGAGAAGGAGCCUGAUAAACUAUCACAACUUACAUCGCCGGAUCGUAAAAUAGGACAGAAAAUUGGCAUGAGAUUAAGAAACUUGUUAAAGCUACCAAAGGCGCAUAAAUGGGUCUGUUACGAAUGGUUUUACAGCAAUAUAGAUAAGGUGUUAUUUGAGGGCGAUAAUGACUUCAUGAUAUGCUUGAAAGAAUCGUUUCCACAAUUGAAAAGUCGCAAACUCACGCGUGUGGAAUGGUGCAAGAUUAGAAGGAUGAUGGGCAAGCCGCGAAGAUGUUCGCAGUCGUUCUUCGAGGAGGAGAGACGUGAACUAGAGAGGAAGAGGCAGAAAAUACGUAUGUUACAGCAGAGAAAGACGGCAGAUAUAAGCAGUUUCAAGGAUCUGCCACCUGAAAUACCAUUGCAAUUAGUAAUCGGUACGAAAGUGACAGCAAGAUUAAGGAAACCGCAGGAUGGUUUAUUCACUGGAAGCAUCGACGCUGUUGAUACCAGUAAUAAUACUUACAGAAUUACGUUUGAGAGAGCUGGACUUGGGACGCAUAGUGUCCCUGAUUAUGAAGUUUUGUCGAAUGAACCACCGGAGACAAUCAGCUUGACAUCAUUCUCCCAGAAGUUCAGACCACGGCCUUUGCAAUAUGCACCUUCAUCACCAUACAUGAUGAAGUUAUCUCCGCGAUUGACCAAUGACCCUUUAAUAUCGAACGCAUCUGUCUCCAUUCCGAAAAAGACGAAUACUGGUGGUACAGUGAAUGGCUUUCCACUCAAGUUACUUGAACUUAUGGUCAAAGUGAAUAAGAUAUUAACAACCAAGAAGAAUAAAGUAAAGAAAUUGAAAGAAAUGAACGGAGAAGCUGAGAAGAGACGUUCCUUAGGUGAAUCGCUUCCUCCCGAUUUUGAAAAAAAAUAUGCAGGAAUUAUUGUCGAGUUGGAGAGAAUGAAUGGAGCUCUCCAAGACUUUUUGAACGAGAUACAAGAACUGUGUCAGGAAAUGGCACCCGAACCUAGUGUGGCAGCGAUGUUGGCACCGUCACAUCUCCGAGAGAAAUGCAAACAAGAAGCGGCAGAUAUGGUCGCUAAAAAUAACGUAAUGAGUGAUAAAGAACCAGGAAAAAUGAAUCAAUUGGUAACCGAUUUGACUGCGUUGAUGUUACAAGUGAAAAGCUUAUCAGAUUCUGAUCGAAACGCAUACGAGCUCAAAGUAUUACAAGGUACCAUAGAGCAGAUAAGAUCAAAACUCAGCCCACAGAAUCAGCAAGUGUUUCAAAACUGCGUUGAAAUUCACAUGCAGCACAUUCAAGUAGGCCUAGGACAGAUGGGUCCUCUUACGCCGUUUAUGGCGCAGAGAGUUUGAAGAUGGGACAACUCGUAUAUUCUCACCAAAUGUACAGUAUACACCAAAUGUAACAGACGAUCACGUAUCACGAUAUUUUUAGAAAGCAAGAAACUCUAACCUUGUAUUUUCUCAUCUUGUAUAGAUUACAUUAAUAAUAUAUUGCCAUGUAAAGUGCAUGUCUACACAAUAUACAUAUAAGAUUUAAGCUAUUUUGUAUAUACAGAAUAUAUUAGUUCUUUAGUUUCUUUAA